UGGCAACCCUAUUACAAGAACUUUCUACUGAACAAAUUUCGCGCUAAGCUGUUGCACCCCGAUGAAGAGUUCACGCCUGAGAGGACUUCCCGCCACCAUCUCUCUUCUCUCGCCGGCAGUUCGAUUCUACACGUUCAUGCCUGAGGCUGUGCCACCUUUCCCCGUGGCGCGCCACAAGGGCGAGUCAUCCCUGCGGUGGGACCUGACCCAGGCGAGGUCAGGCAGCGCAGAGAGGACGCGUAAGGGGGCUGGACGGAAGCGUCCCCACGGCUGGAUCCCGCCCGCGGGACCAGGUGUGUGCUGAGUUUCUGGGGCAUGUAAUGCCUGGGUUGCGUGGGCAGGAAAAGUCGGCUGGGGACACCGGCGCACGUUCAAGGGAACAGUGUGGCCCACGCCGCCGCUAGCCGGUACCAGUCCGUGUGUUUGCCAGGGAUCGACGCCUCCCUGUUUUAUUCCCCCCCGCUGGGACCCCUGCGCCCCAGGGUCACUCCACAGCCCAGGUGCGCGCUGCCCGCACAGCAGGUUUCGCCGGCGCUGGCUGUGAUCUCGGGGGGAGGGACUGGACCUGCCCCCGCCGGGCUCUCACGUGCGUGCCGAACCGCCCUGCUCCGCAGCUGCCCAGGGGGCCCGAGGGCGUGGCAGGGCCCCUAGCAGCCCUUCCCCGCGCGCUCAGACUGGAGAGCUCGCCUGGUGCAGGGACGGCGAGCUCCGGCGAGCUCCUCCUCCGGCGCUAGCUCCCCCUCCCUGCACUGGGAGCUUUGCGGCGGACUUUCCAGAGCCCCCGCAAUUCGGCUCGCCCGCGGCUGCUCCGACAUGAGGCUGUGGGUCCUGCUGAGCCUCCUGCUGCUGCACGAAACGCUACAAAAUGUUACCGGACAACUUGCAAAGAGUAAGCGUCCAAAGGAACCAGGAGAAAACAAAAUUAAACCUGCCAACAAAAAAAUGAAGCCCAAACUCCCUAAAUUAAAGGAGAGAGAGUCCAGUGACUCAUCCACAAAAUCCCAGUCCAUAAUGAUCCAAGUGAUGGAUAAAGGCCGCUUCCAGAAACCUGCUGCCACUUUGAGUCUGCCUGCAGGGCAGAGCAUAGAACUACGAUGUAAAGGGAAUAAAAUUGGGUGGAGUUAUCCUUCAUACCUAGACACCUUUAAAGACUCCAGGCUCAGCAUUAAGCAGCUUGACAGAUAUGGUCAGCUGAUACUUGCAAAUUCUACUGCAGCAGACUCUGGUGAAUAUAGUUGCUGGCUUCUUCUGUGUAAUGGCUAUAGCUGCAAGAAGGAUGAGUCUAAAACUGGCUCAACGUACAUCUUUUUCACAGAUAAAGGGGAGCUCUUUGUACCAACUUCCAGUUAUUUCGAGAUUGUCUACCUGAAUCCAGAUAAACCAGCAGUAAUCCCUUGCAGAGUGACCAUCCCAUCAGCAAAAGUAACUCUGCACAGGGAGUUUCCAGCAGAAGAAAUCAAAACAGAUGGAACUAACAUUAUCUAUGAUGUGAGGAAGGGUUUUAUCUAUCAGCACCCCACCUCUGACCAUAUAGGAGUGGUCUAUUGUAGAGCAGAAUCACAGGGAGCACCUCAGAUUUCCAUCAAGUAUCAAUUACUGUAUGUGGAAGUUCCUAGUGGUCCACCAUCAACAACAAUUGUGGCAUCAUCCAACAAAGCAGAAGGUGGUGACAACGUUAAUGUUCUCUGUAUAGUCCUUGGGGAACCAGACGUAGAAGUAGAAUUCAGUUGGAAGUACCCAGGGGAAGAGUAUGAAAGGCCUGUGAUUAUCCAAGAUUCUUGGAGGCUGAUCAACAGAGGAAUUGGGCAUACCACAAGAAUCUCCAAGAGUGUUAUUGCCAUUGAAGAUUUUGAAACCAUUGAUGCUGGCAACUAUAUUUGUACAGCUCAGAACCUACGAGGACAAACCACAGUAGCCACCCGUGUUGAACUGACCUGAUAUGUGGAGUCUGUGGACACAGAAUGAACAAACAGUAUGUUAUUGGACACAUUAACCCUUUAGUUUCUUUUUAUGAAUUCUGAGGUGGAGGUUUCUGCCAAUAUCUCUCUCCUCAUGUCCUUACAUUCCACUUCCAUUAGAGAGCAGAGAUCCUAAUGCUUAGCAAUACUCAGGAGAAUUGGGUUGAAACCCAUGUAUUAAACCUUUGUAGCCUGAUUAUGCAUGUGGCUCCCAAGUGCUCCUAAUACAGUGAUAAAUCUUUGGCAGGGAGAGUCUAUAUACAAAUAACUUUUAUGUUAGGUAAAUAUAACCACUAUUAAAAUGUUGAUUGUGCAUUAUUUUCAUGAAUGCUGACAGGAGGAUAUAAAAUAACUUUUUAAGUAGACCCACCAGCAUAGAUAUAUUUUCUUCUUUGUCAUGGUGGUGAUUUUAACACUUUGUACAUGUAAAAAUAUUAAAUUUCUACUUGUUAUAGAAAAUUAGUCAACAGUGAUUACUCUUCUCUGGUUUGGUAGACCUUGAUUAAAUUUCUUUACUGAAUA